UUCAGUCUGUGCUCUCCGUCUGUGUCCGCCGCUCGUUAGUUCACACUGUCUGCUGCUUUUUACUCCAACUUUUAAUUUAUUAACUUAUCUUUUUAUUUCUCUUCAGUCGAAGGAACCAAGAUGCUUUCUGCUCGCUCUCCUCUUUCCGUCAAGAAUGAAAACACACUCAGCAGUGAGCUCAACAAAAUGUCUGUGGACAAAGAAAACACGCCACCGAGUCUGAACACGACCCGCAUCCUGGCGUCCAAAACCGCGCGGAAAAUCUUCGACGAUGCUCCGCCCAAAGCUGUGAAGAAGAGCAGCGGUGAGGAAGAGGAGGAGCCGCUGCUGAAGGAAAACCCUCGCCGCUUCGUCAUCUUCCCCAUCAAGUACCACGACAUCUGGCAGAUGUACAAGAAGGCCGAGGCGUCUUUCUGGACCGCAGAGGAGGUGGAUCUGUCCAAGGACCUGCAGCACUGGGAGGCUCUGAAGGACGAGGAGAGGUACUUCAUCUCUCACGUGUUGGCGUUCUUCGCCGCCAGCGACGGCAUCGUCAACGAGAACCUGGUGGAGCGCUUCUCCCAGGAAGUGCAGGUGACGGAGGCCAGGUGUUUCUAUGGUUUCCAGAUCGCCAUGGAGAACAUCCACUCAGAGAUGUACAGCCUCCUCAUCAACACCUACAUCAGGGAGCCCAAAGAGAGGGAAUACCUGUUCAACGCCAUCGAGACUCUGCCGUGUGUGAAGAAGAAGGCCGACUGGGCGAUCAACUGGAUCGGAAACAAGAACGCCAACUACGGUGAGCGCGUGGUGGCCUUCGCCGCCGUGGAGGGAAUCUUCUUCUCUGGUUCCUUCGCUGCGAUCUUCUGGCUGAAGAAGAGAGGCCUGAUGCCCGGACUGACCUUCUCCAACGAGCUGAUCAGCAGAGACGAGGGUCUGCACUGUGACUUUGCCUGUCUGAUGUUCAAACACCUGGUGAACAAGCCGUCGUCAGAAACCGUCACCAACAUCAUCAAGAACGCCGUGGAGAUCGAGCAGGAGUUCCUGACGGAGGCUCUGCCGGUGAAGCUGAUUGGGAUGAACUGCGGGCUGAUGAAACAGUACAUCGAGUUCGUGGCCGACAGACUGAUGCUGGAGCUCGGCUUCACAAAGAUCUACCGGGUGGAGAACCCCUUCGACUUCAUGGAGAACAUCUCUCUGGAGGGAAAGACCAACUUCUUUGAGAAGCGGGUCGGCGAGUACCAGAGGAUGGGCGUCAUGUCCGGAGCCACAGACAACACCUUCAGGCUGGACGCAGACUUCUGAGGACCGACCCGGACCGACCCGCACUCAGUGUCACACUAAGGACUCGGUGCUUUGACUCCACGCUGCAGGAGGACGUUGGUGUCCAGUUACAAACCGCAGUGACAGACUGGUACUCUACCUCUCACCCAGUGCAUGCUGGGAUUGCAACCACAAAUACAGAAGAUAAACUUUUAAAAGCUGCGUUGUGAUGAAAUCUCUCUGCAGCCUGUUUGUGUAAAUAAAGGUUUACCAGCAGUUUGUAAUAAAAUGUAAACUCCAGAUUUUUAUAUUGUGAUAGUUUAAUUAUGUACAGUUUUUAGCAAUGACUUUUUUUUAUAAUAAAGUUAUAAAAAACAAA